AUGGUGUUCUAAGAUAAAUAUUUACAUCAAUUCUCUGCUUCAUUGGAAUAGAAUUCUAUAUUGGUUGAUAGCACAAGUAAUUCUGAAAAACAUAUUUUAUGUGAAUAUAAAUUGCGUUUUUGUCUCUGCUCACCUCUUUCUACAUGUCUAGAAAGCGCACAGAGAAACACACAAAAGUAGAUCCCGUCCCAAACCAUCCCACUGUGACAAAUGCAGGAACUUAUCAGAGGAAGGAGAACACACAGAAGUGCGAAGAAUCACACUCAAAUCCAAUAACAGCACAUAGCCGUUAGUGAUCUCCUGAAUUUUUGAAAUGCUUAAGUAAUAUCAUGAUCCCUUCCUGAUUCCAUGAAUUUUCAAAACGGAGAACAGCUUAAUAUGAUUACUAUCAGACUGGGAGUCUUGGAAUAAAGUUUCCAACAGAAGUACCUUUUGUCCCAAAAUUAUAAAAUCUUCAUCAUGAACAGUGAGCAAAGAAGUCUUAGGUUGUGUACUGAAAUGUUUUCAUCAAGGCCGAGAUUCAGCAAAGUAUUUUGAAACAUAGGAGCUUCCACUGAGACUCCAAAAUGAGGAAAAAUAAAGUUUGCCUACAGACCUGGAAACACAUCAUCACCUGUCACUGUCCAGGGUUCUUGCGUAGGUGGCCAUAUUCAGGCAAGACAAACACACACAUCCUGUUCACUGGUGGUCAGUUAAUUUCACAGCACUUGGACAAGCAGAGACAGUUGCUUCAGUGGCUACUCAGCAUCUCAGUAAUGAAAGCCUAUUAGCAAUUCUAUACCAUUCUACUCAAACGAGGUCCCCUUUUGCUGCUUAAGGUAAAUAGCAGCCCUAUACUGCUUCUGCAGUGGCUGGCUUUGCAGCAGACCAGACCACUGCACACUUAAGAUCGAAUAGAAAAUAUUAAAUGCAUCAAUGAAGGAAUGCUGCCAACGUCAGGGAAAGCUUCACUAAAUAGUGAUCAUGCAUGUGGGUAGCAUAGAAUCAUAGAAUCAUUAAGGCAGGAGAAGACCUCUAGGAUUAUCUAGUCCAAGAGACAGAGGGAAGCGUGAACUUUUAUUGAAUGAUAAACCUUCACAGUGUAUGAGCCUGGGGCUGCAUGCCAUGGCCAGAGCCACCCAAUGGGCCUGUGGUGCAGGUGAUUGGUGUGAAACACUGAUGCUGAACACACGAGAUGUGGGGGAGAAUGGAGCGGGCAGCGGUGCCGGGGAAAGCCCAGGAACGUGUGCUGGGGCUGCAGUGCUACUGGCACACGUGCAGCAGGUGAGGCCGGCGCACGGUGAUGACCAAGCAAUGGAUGGCGACAUCGCUGUGGGACGGGUGGUGAUGUCCCCCAGUGAAGGUGAGGACUGGCAACACGGCCAAGCCGUGGUUUGUGACAUCUCCGUGCGAUGCAUUGUGACUGCUUGGCCCACGCUGCUUUAACGCGGGCGCGGCAGCCCGGCCCAGCAGUUCGUGCCUGGCCUCCGACUGAGCGUGUGUGCGAGGACUGGAGUGUGGACAGGGCGAGCUUUGGAGCUGGAACGUGCUCUGGGUGCUGCUGGCGCAGCUCUCAGACGCGUCUCAGAGCCACUUGUGUUGUAUCCUGACCCUGCUGGCAGCAGGCAGCCGGGACAUCGCGGAGAGGCGCGUGCAGCAGCGCAGUUCAUAACACCUUCUGCUUGCUGCAGCACCAGGGGAGCAGCUUCCCGACCUCAGCUCUCCCCAGCCCACCGCACAGCCCGAGGCCAUGGACGUGGCAUCCGAAUGGAUCUGCCCCAUCUGCGGGCAAAUUCGGGAAGAUGUCACCUACGUGACCCCCUGCCAACACCAGCUGUGCUACGGCUGUGCCAUCUGGUGGGCAAAUAAGAAGCCGAGUUGUGCCGUAUGCGGGCACGAAAUAACAACCAUCCGAUACUCGGUGAGGUCGGAUGACGAUUACCUGGAGUGUGCGGUCCCGCAGCCCGCAGCGCACUCAGAUCAAGGCCUGCAGGACGAGCAGGGGCCUGCAGAGCCGGUGCUCAUCCCACCUGAGCACAGCUUCCCAGCCGAGGUCUGGGCUGCAUUUUUCAGGGAACAUCCGGAAGACCUCGAACCUCUGCUCCAAUGGCUGCAGGAGGAGAUCCAGCAGGUGUCCAGCGAUGACUGGUGGGAAGUCUAUGCGGGACAGUGCACCACUGUGAACUUCUUGUGUCAGCAUGGGCUGGACGAGGAGGCCUUGGUGCAGGCGCUGCAGCUCAUCACCAAUGGCGACGUGGUGCCCUUCGUCAGAAGGCUCAUCAGCACCGCGGCAGCCCUGUACGGCCCCAUGAUCCACCACGAGCUGGACCACCAAAUCAGCCAUGCUGCUGGAGGACGGGAGGACAGCCCUGCAGCCAGCCCCAUCACCAGCACCUCCCACCACGAGCCUCUCGCCUCGGGCCCAGGUCGCUCCACCAGCCCCGCAGGGCCCAGCACCGAGGAGCCGCCCGGCGGCUCUACUGGGGGACCCGGGCACCCCAGCACCGCCACCGCGCCCUCGGCGCAGGAGCCGCAGGAGGAGCCAGGGCAGGCGGCGGCAGCGGGCCCCUCCGCCCGGGGCAGGGACCGCUCGCGUGGGGGGCCCCGGCGCCCCCCGAAGAGGAAGGCCAGCAGCAGCCGCCAGGACUCGACCCCACCCCGCAAGAGGCGGCCCCGGCGGCGGCGCUAGGCCGGCACCGCACUGCCGUCAGAGCGCGGCUCCGGCGGGCUGGGAGGACAACAUCUACCUCUCGGCCUGCUGCUCACAGACAAAAUAAACAUCUAUUACAAUGAAAAAUAAAAAGUCUCUGUGUUAUUGACAAGGCUGUUGGCGUUGCUUUCCCCCUCUUCUGGUCCUCAGUGAAGGCGUAGAAGUGCAACUUUACUUCCACCACCAUGAAUCGGCACUCAUGGCAGUGCUAACAAAACACGUGAGGGCCCCAAUAAGUUGUGAGAUGGAGCACAAGUUACUCCAAUAAUCCCACCAUUUAAACUAGUGGGGGGAAGGGCAAAUUUCUGCACUGGGGUGGAACAGCUCCUGGCCACAGCACCGCCGGGGCCACCCAGCUGGACAGGACCCAGGAGUCCUGACGGACACUUGGCUGAACCAGCAAGGAGCGCUGCCCGCAAAGGUGAGCGCUGUGCUGGGCUGCACGAGGUGCCAGCGUGCUGCCAGCGUGCAAAGGGCGGUGAUCCUGCCCCUCUGCUCAGCUCGAAGGAGGCCGCAGCUGGAGUGCUGGGCCCAGCGAUAGGCUCCCCAGCGCAAGGGAGACCUGCCCUUGAUCAUCUUGUGCAUCCUCAGCCCUGGCAUGUGCCAACUGACCCUGUCCCAACCACCUAGGUGUUGUUCGGCUUCGUGCUGAGUUUGGAGGGCAGCGGGGCUUGCUGUGAGGAGCAGGGCUUGUCCCCAGUUUCAGAGAGGAGCCAGUCCACCACGCCACGCAGGUGUGACGUUCUCUCCUGCCUCACAACUACUGACCCACCUAUCAUCAGGUUUGCAUGUCAUGGUAAGCUUUUGGCUUCACAGUUGUUAAAACAAGGGAACAAACAAAAAUCCAGGCACCCCUGCCACACACAUUCUCUGUGACACAAGCUGAUCUACAGCCAUGACUAGAAUUGAAAGAACAGAUAGUUACACGCGGUCCAAACCUAACCUCAACUAUCUCUGCUCCUCCUGCAGCUGUCAUCACAAGCACAUCGAUUCUAGGCUUCUGUCUGCAUUUACUUACUUUUUGUUGGACAUGAUCCGUUUCAGUAUUUCGUACUUGUUGUGCACAGAGUAUUUGUUUUGGUAUUUACUUGGUUUUUUUGAAGUACUCAUCAAUGAGCUGGACUACUAAUCACAGUUACAUUUGUUUACUUGCUUGAAUAAUGAAAUUAUGGGAAGUUCCUUCAUAAAUACAAGCAAGUCUGUAAUGUUUGGAAGUUGGUUUUUUUCCAAACUAUUUGAAGAUAAAAUAAAAACAAAGCCUUAAAAAAACCCAGACCUCAUUGGAAGAAAUUUUGAUCUCACUGACUUCAGGAGCUCCAGUUUUUCACUCCUACAUAAUGAGUCUGUCUGUUAAUGACAUGAAGAAAUCUGUUUUCAUUAUUCUGUUUGAGUCAAAAUUUAAAAUGCAGCCUCAGUUCCUCUGUCUGAGUGGAGCAGAUUAGAAGUGACUUUAAUGAGAAGACGACACACACCUUGUACUCAAAUUCUGCAAGGCUCAAGGAAAAAACAUGAGCAAGGUUGUCACUGGGAAAGCAAGAGCCCAUUAGUUGUCACCAGGGUGGGUUGGAGCCUUGUCUCAAAAUAACAUUAAGCUCUCAAAGCCCUCAAAAAUAGAGAAAAUCCUGGCCUAGCAGAAAAGAUCCCACAGAAGAUUCUCAGAUUAAUUCUCCAAGUCCUUGUGCAUCAGUACAAACAAAACACCUUUCGCAAUUUUCCAUGGGAAAGAGAUAAAAGGCACAAUGAAAUAGGCAGCAGCUCUGUGGGCUCAGAGGCUCACUGGGAAUGCUGAAGACAGAGGUGCAAGUGCCUACAGCACUGAUCGUCACUUGAGCCUCUGACUUACAACAGUGAUCUGCAGUCGGUAGCAAAAACAUCCCCUAAUAAAUUAAGACUGAGGAUGGUAAACAUUAGACCCUUUUAAUUCUUCACCCCUGCCAAAACUGAUACGCACAAUCCAUCAGCAACUUGCCCUCUUGAUGAAACAGCACAUGUGAGUCACUUCUCACCCAACCGGUCAGAAAACACCUACACUGUGGGAGAGGUGAGAGGAUGAAGAACUGUUAGCAAGCCCUGAGUCUGGAGGUCUUUUGCUGGUUUAACCUGCUUGCUGCCUGGCUUUGAGGAAGUGGACUUUCAAAAGAGCUGUGGGACCACUGAACUGCCUGGUAGAGUGGCUUCUCUCAUGUGAAACAACUGCAUUAUCAGCAAACUUUCUUAACCUCAGUGCUCACAUCCUUUUCCACAUCAUUUAUUUUCAGCAGCACAGAUCCCUGCAGAACCUGACUUGUAACAACCCAUGAACAGAGAACUGACCAUUUACAAUUGCCUUCUUUGUCCUGUCCUUUAGAUAUGUGUACAUGCUGUAACCUUUCUUAACCUUACCUUUCCAUCAAAAAUUCUGAUAGGAAACAUGGUCAAAAGCCUCCUGGAAAUGUAAAUAGACUGUAUCAGUCAGAUCAUCACUCUCCAUGUGCUUUAACUGCUCAAAUGUAAAACAUCAUUGCAAUUUGAAAGCCAUUACACAAAGAGGUGAUGUGGUCUGUAAAUAAACCAAGAACAACUGUCCAACUGCAACUCUUCACAGUCAUUUCAGUUGAUUCCUGCAUAGACUCUUCCCACACAGAAACUGCUCCACGUGACACAUAAUUCUUGUCACUCCUUUAUUUCAUGACUACCUUGCUAUACCUAUUCUGGGAAGAGGCAAUCAGAACUCUGAACUGUGUCUAAGGGUGUGGACGCAUACCAGAUAAAACAUGGUUGCAGAAGGGUGCUCUUGCAGUGCUUUAGAAGUCAGCCAAUGCAGCCAGCUGUGCAAUAGUGGGUGCUGAGACACUUUCAGUGCCUCCUGUGUAGCACGCACUGUGCAUGGUACAGGUGUGUCGUGGCACAUGCCUUUCAAAAACUCAAGGGAGAAUUUUUAGACAGUGGUCUGCAAUUAAUAAGGAAAGAAGAAAAAAAAAAGGACAGUAUCAAUUUCUUAGAAGUACUGGAAACGUUACAGCAAUUUAACUCUAAAAAUAUAUUGCUCUACUGUAUCACUAGGGGCUAAAUACAGUCCUAUCAAAACUGCACUGACUUUGUCAGAGCCAGGCUAGAGCUAGGUAACUUCAGCUCUGUCUCAGACUGGGGAAAAGGCAAUGUGCUUUCCUGCUCUAUUUAGCCUAGAUUUUUAUUUUCUUGCAGCUGAUCCUCCUAUCCCACACAUGUUUAGGCAGCAUUGGUCUUAUUCUCUCAUGAUUUUUUCCAAAAAAUCAUAACAAUUUUCCUUUAUUUUAUAUUCUAUUACAGCAGGUGAAGCAUGUUUGCAACAUCAGAAAGACACAGAUAAACAAGUAGAUCCCCAUCUGAUUUAUAUUACCAAGAAGCCUCAUAGUCUAGAAAAAUCAAAAUGCCCUUAAGGUGCUUUUAAGCCAGGUUUCAAAAACCUAACAGUUUUCAGUAGUUCCCUCUUUGCUUUAAAUAUUUGAUUCCUGGAACAAUCUCACUAGAGGUUAGUUGCCUGCUCACAGAGCAACAUACCUCCAAUAAACAAGUUGCAAAAAGGUUCUGCUGGAAAGGAGCAGCCAAUAAUAAAUACCAAGCAUAAUUCAUACACAAUUUCAUUUUUUAAAGAAAAAUCUUAAUAUAUUAAUAUAUAUUCUAAAGCCUAAGAAUCUUACAUACACAAAAGGAAAGCAAAUAAUUGAAGCUCGUGGUAAUCUGAAGUUUCUGUGCCAGACAUUGUCUCGUCAUUCUGAGGGGAUUCAUAUACUUAAAAAUGAAGCUUGAAGAUUUGCGGUGUUUCCUUUUAAAUUAGGUGAGUCACUACAAAGACUAACUGAGAGCUGUUCCAGCCUUAGUUACAAAAAUCAAGUAAAAAAGUCUAAAAGAAUCCUUGCAUACAAAUACUGGGGAAGAACAACACUUGCCAAUGCCUUCAAAAGCAGUUUCCCAGGAUACCUUAUUAAUUAGUUCCCUGAGCAGCCUGAAAUCUGCUCUCCCUACAUUCAGGGUUGAAGUUUUGGUGGUAGUUUGCCUCCUAGCAAAGAUUUUAAACUCAACUACUUCACAGUCAUUAUGAUCUAGAUAGCCACUUCACCCAUGUAAACCCUCUCUAUUUAAAAGAGGAGCAUAUUUCCUAGUCAGCUCUCUCUGUAUCUGUACCAAGAAGUUAUCAUCAAAGUAUAGGAUGAAUGUCCUGUACUUGUUUGCAUCAGCAAGUUGAAGUCGCCCAUAAGGGCAAGGGCAGCUGAUCCAGAGGUAUCUCUUUAGGUCUUAGUAAUAAGCUCUUAGUAAUCAGGCUGAGAGAGUUGUGGCUGUUCAGUCUGGAGAAGAGAAGGCUCUGAGGAGACCUCACAGCAGCCUUGCAGUAUCUGAAGGGGCCUACAGGAAAGCUGGGGAGGGACUUUUUAUAAGGGCAUGUAGAGACAGGAAAGGGGAGA